AUGGAUAACGUAUUUUAGUCUAAAAAGGACAUAGUUUAAUAAGAAUAAUAGGAAGCAAAAAAUUAAAAAGAAUAGAAGAAGAAAAUAUUUAAAGAAACAUUUAACUCUCUCUCAAGUUCUAGAUUUCAAAACAAAUUAAUGACUUUUGUCAAAGAAGAUGGAACAUAAACUAUUUUAGAAUCAUUUUAAACAGGAUCUUAUCCUUUAAUAAAUCCUGAUCUUCAUAACUUUAGGGAUAGAUAAAAAGAAAAAGAGAAAGAUUAAUAUGGCGGAAUAUAUUUAAGGACUUAUUAGGUUGGUAGUGAAAGGGCAGCCCAUACUUAGUAGGAAUUUUUAAGCUCACAUUUAGAAGGAUAAAUAUACAAUAGCCAUCCCCCGCAUUUGCAUCCUACACUUUCAUGGUUAAGAAUAAGAGAUUUGAAAAAAGAAGGUCCUCCUUUAAGGUAUAACAAUCGUAUAGAAAAUGAAAAUCUUGUAAAAAACAUUGAAAAUAACAAUCAAAAAAUUGAUCACAGCAGUCGUGAUAUGAAAAUGGUUCAUGAUCCUGACUGGAAAUAGAAAAAUAAAUAAAAAUGGAUUGAUUUUAAUAAAGGAUUUGAUUGUUCUACCAAAUCAAGUUUGAAAUGGUCAAGUAACCCACCAUGGCCUCAAAUACCAAUUGGACCAACUGACCCUUACAUGGGAGGAUUUAAAUAAAUUGAAGAUAAAUUAGGAAGACACAGAGAUAAAAAAAAAGAACCCAAAAGAAAUGAUUUUAUUGGAAGAGUAAAAGAUGAUCCUUGGGAGAGCACACUAAAUGUUUCAAAAUCGAUAAGAACACUAAAAGCAGAAUAGGUUAUGCACGGAGAUCCUGAAAGGUUCAUGUUUUCAAAAAAUAAUAAGCUAGAUUAAACAUCUUACAAACCUAGCUUAAUCGAAACUAAAAGUGUUGACAGAUUAACUCCUUUCAACCAUAGCAACAAUUUUUAAAGUCUGUAAUUAAAAAAUAUGGGAUAAAACUUCCCAAGAAUAUACAAAAACUCAUUAGUACAUUAUGGGCUAAUUGAAAAGUAAUAGCACUCAGCCAAUCACAGCAAAAAUUAUUAUAAUUCAUUUUUAUACGAUAACGCCUAUAAAUCUAAUACCUCAGGAGCAGGCUCUUCUCCAAAUAAAAAAAUGUUCUUUGACGACACCAAACUUUUACAAAAAGCACAUCAAAUGUCAAAUUAAUCAUUAGAAAAAAAUAAAAGACUUCCAACAUAGCAAGCUGAAGAUUUUAGAUAUAACCCUCCUUCUGAUAAACAAGUAUAAGAUGCUGUAUGCAAAUAUUUUUAAAAAUGA